ACUAACUUCCUGCCCGCCAUCACAGUAACCAAUUGAGAGAAACACAAACCAGAAGCAAACUUUGAGCUAUGAUAUCUAUGAAAAUGUGAAACAAACCAGCUGGAACAUGCCACUUAAGUUUUUGUUAUUAAUUUUAGCGUUAGGAUUAGUGCAUAAAGAAGCACAAUCUGCGGGCAUCCAAGGCAAUUCCAACGUGAAUCUGCACAACACGCGACGACAUCUUGAGAAAAGGGCCAGGCGUGCCUUUAUAAUCACGUGCUGCAACCAAAAUUGUCAGGACAUGUACACCAAAGUCUACCCUGAACUCUACGGCCCGCCACCUGACACAAACGACACCAACUCGUCCAACAAAGAUUACGCCGAGAGUAAAAAUGCUGAUCUUGAUGAAAGCCCUCACGAGCAAGACAGAAACGAUGAAAAAAGUGAUGAGGGCGAGCAAAACGAUGACGUUGUUGAGAAAGAGGAAAACGAUUUUGAAGGAAAAAGCAGCACUGACGAGACACCAGGCGUAAUGACAGCGUCACCAAUAAUAAAGUUGGAGGAGAUGAAGGCUGCCCCGAAACCAGCCGCGAAGGCUGCACCAAAAGCGGCUGCGAAACCAGCCGCAAAGCCUGCACCAAAAGCGGCUGCAAAACCAGCUGCAAAGCCAGUGGCAAAGACGGCUGCAAAGACAGCCGUGAAACCUGCAGCCAAGCCCGCAGCAAAACCUGCUGCGAAACCAGCCGCCAAGCCAGCAGCAAAAUCAGCCGCGAAACCUGCAUCAAAAGCACUACCUAAGCCAGCCGCGAAGCCAGCCGCAAAGCCAGCCGCAAAGCCAGCCGCAAAGCCAGCCGCGAAGCCAGCUGCAAAGCCAGCCGCGAAGCCAGCUGCAAAGCCAGCCGCCAAACCUGCUGCUAAGUCAGCCGCCAAACCGGCAGCAAAGCCUGCAGCACAACCAGCCGCAAAGGCCAAAGUGGCUGCCAAAUCAGCCGUCGUGAACAAGCCAUCAGCAGCGAAGCCGGCGUCGAAAUCGAUACCAAAGCCAGCCGCCAAACCCGCGGCCAAACCAGCCGCCAAACCAGCUGCUAAGCCUGCGGCCAAACCUGCUGCCAAACCUGCUGCCAAGCCAGCCGUGAAGGCUCCAGCACCAGUCAAACCCGCCGUUGUGCCGACUAAAGCGGCUGUUGUUCAAGCGGUCAAGACAACAGCCGCCCCUGCCAAGGCUCCAGCAGGAGACGAAACCGUGGAUAUUGAUAUUCUUGUUGGAAUGGUGGACAAUGGAGAAGACACAACGACGACGACGACAACAACAACAACCACUCUGCGGCCGACACAAAGGGCGUUCAUUCCACCUGUGUUCAACGUGCCCGCGGCCCCACCGCCCACGGCGGCACCAGCUGCGACCCCUCCGCCAUUCAGGCCGCCGGUGUUUGUGCCUGCGACUCCGCCGCCGAUCGUCGCGCAGCCGGUGCCGGCGGCCACUCCGCCGCCGUUCAGGCCUCCCGUAUUCCAGCCGGCGGCGCCGCCGGCCCCCGUUUUCGUGCCGCCGGUGAACACGCCGCCACCGUUCGUGCCGCCCACGCAGCCGCCCUUCAGGCCACCCGUGGCCAACCCCGCGCCCCCAGCGCCCGUGGUAACCGCGGCGGCGCCGCCGCCCUUCCGGCCGCCGGGGGCUAACCCCUUCCCGAUUGCCACCGCGCCACCCCCGGCUCCAGGCGGCCCGCCGCAGCAGGCGUGGCGGCCCCCGGGCGGCCCCGUCCCCGCGCCGGCUGGCGCAACCACCGGAAAGGGGUCGUUGGAGACCACCACAAAGUUUGACUACGUCGACAUUGACCAGAUGGUCAACGAGCUAGAGGCGGAAACCACGCCGCCACCCAGCGCCGAUAAGGACGCAUUUGGAGGCCUGGACAUCGGAGGCAUGGUCGGAGGGUUCUUGGGCGGUUUUGCAAGCUCCAACUCAAAGGACGGAAAAAAUGAUGCCCCCGGGGAUGCACCGCCAGAGUAAUUUUUUAUUAUCAAUAUAACCGCUGAGAGAAAUAAAUUUUAUGAAUUGUA